AUGGGACAGGCGUGUGUGGGCUACGCGGCAAACGGUUAUUUUCUCGAGCAACCCGGUCUAUUCGACCAUCAACUGUUCAACAUCUCCCCCUGGGAGGCACUACAAAUGGACCCCAACCAGCUUCUUCUGCUCGCCGUCACCUACGAAGCCCUACAACGGACCGGGCCCUCCCAUUUGAAAUGGGGCGCUGAAACUCUUGCGUCUCCGACGAUGUUUGCGGGGUUGAAGAAGGGUGGAUUCCUAUCUCCAACGGGUCCAUGUCAGCCCUUUCAACAGAACGCGGACGGCUAUUGUCGCGCUGAAGGGGUGGGCAUUCUCGUGUUGAAACGGCUGGAGGAUGCGGUGUAUGACAAUAACAAUAUCCAGGCAGUCAUUCGAGGCCAGGGAGGGACCCAUAGUGCUCAUGCCACCUCUAUCACGCACCCGAGUCCAGAUGCGCAGCAACGUCUUUUCCGCAAGACACUGCACCAAGGUGGGAUCGGCCCCGCUAGUAUUGGCUAUGUUGAGAUGCAUGGGACCGGUACGCAAGCUGGCGAUUUCGCAGAAGUGACGGCCGUUGGAAAUACAUUUGGUGAAAGAAAGACAGGUAACAUACCUCUGAUUAUUGGAGCAAUGAAGGCCAAUGUUGGCCAUGCUGGAGCGACUGCAGGAGUGACUUCGAUCAUCAAAUCCAUUAUGAUUUUGAAAACCGGAAUAAUACCGCCGCAGCCAGGCAUGCCGUUCACUUUCAAUCCUCACCUUUCCCAGGUUCAAAGCUCGGGGGUUCUCGUAGCAGAUGCCGUCCUGGCACCGAACACUGAGUUCGACUCCAUCGGCGUGGACUCUAUCCUCGACAUCACCACCAUCGAUCGCUUCAACGAGCUGACUAACCUGCACCUCGGAGCAUCUUUCCUCGCGGAAGCAAAGAACAUUGCCGGUAUGAAGGUGGCGUUCCAGAACUGGAGCCAAGCAACAGUAAUUCCAAGCGAACAGGAAGAGACACUCGCACGUAGCCCCUCCAGCAGCUGUAACACUUCGCCGGCUUCAACGGCCGAUAGCAAUCUAGAUGGUACAACGAGUGAUACCAGUCAACAUGCCGCCGCUGUGGACAUCGCCACGGCAGACCCUACAGAGACGCCGAUGCAUCAUCAGCCUGUCAGGACAAGGCAGCCUCUGUCAAGUCUGUCGGCAGCUGACCAGCCCAAAAGCAAGGCCAUCCGCAGGGCGAAUCAUGUUACUCUUAUGUCUCCGCCAGCUAUAAGUACGAUUUCCUUCUACGAAAGCAAGGUUCUGGUCCCAAGUAACACCAGCAAUUUCCACCAUAUCCCACCAAGCCGCAUCCCAACCGACGUUGAUCGGGGCUGUUUCGCGCACGACUCGCUUGACGAGUCCGGCCACGAAGGACAAGGAGUUCGACGUUGGCGCCGAUCCGGCAACGAUUCACUGUGCAAGUUCAAGGAUAUCAGAGGACGAAGGGUCUGCGUCCAACAGGACCAGCUUGCCAAUCAGGCUGGCCACAUCCCUGCUAAACAGUAUCCCUAUGGCAAGGGCAGUUAG